AUGGAUUCACAGUGUAAAAGUGAUUACUCCCUAUUUUCAUUUGGUGACGGUCUGUCAACCAUUGUCCUCUUGGUCUAUGUCGAUGACAUCAUCAUAGCUGGACCCGACAAUGACAACAUCAAAAGAGUUGAAGCGAAACUGAAGGCAGUCUUGAAGCUCAAAGUUCUCGGUGACUUAAAAUUAUUCCUUGGUUUGGAGUUGGCGAAAUCCAGCAAGGGAAUUUUUUUGUCCCAACGUAAAUACACCCUUUCACUACUAGAGGACACCAAUUUCUUGGGUUGCAAACCUGCUUCCUUUCCCAUGGAUACAAAUUUGAUGCUUCGCGCAGUUCACCAAAUUCUUCGGUACCUUAAGUCGGCUCCGACACAAGGCAUUUUAUUUUCAGCAACAAACAAAUUCAAUCUAUCUGUUUACGCUGAUGCUAAUUGGGGAAGCUGCCUUGAUACAAGACGUUCCACAACUGGUUACUGUGCCUUCCUUAGUGAUUCUCUAGUAUUCUGGAAGAGCAACAAACAAGCAGUAGUCUCCAGAAGUUCCACAGAAGCUGAAUACAGGGCUAUCGCGAAUGCAUCUUAUGAAAUUGUGUAG